AACACGUGCAUGCACGUUUGAUCAAUGAUGAAACAACUGAGAUGCACAACGCAGCUUGUUUUUCUUUUAGCCCAAGUAACGGGAGCAUUGACUUCGUAUAGCUGUCCGACCGAUUGGAGCCUAAACCAUACAAGUUGUUAUCGCUUGUCUUACAUCUGACCAAGCAGCAAAAAUUGGAGAGAUGCUGAGGCUGAUUGCGUUAGUAACGGCGGUCAUUUAGUGUCAAUAGCGACAAAAGAAGAGAACGUAUUUGUGUUGAGUUUGUUUGGCAACCUGAAUGUUGAUAACGCUUGGAUAGGCAUGCAUGAGCCAGGUAAUGAGAAUGAACGAGUGUGGUCAGAUGGAAGCAUGAUUAAAUAUACUAACUGGGGUGACGGUCAACCAAACAACAGCACGAAUAAUCACGACUGCGUGCGAAUCAACAGAAAUGGUGGAGAGUGGUUUGAUCUUACCUGUUGGCAUAUCUUAAGGUAUGUAUGCGAAUUGGAUGCAACUCUCGAAAUGCCCACAAAUUCAACAGCUGCAACUGUUGUCUCACAACCAUCAGCUGCAGCCACAACGCAAAUGAUGCAAUCAACUUCAGUGACUGUGAAACAGCGUCUCACACAAACUAUACAUGCAACGCAGUCGACAGUAUCGACAACUGGUGCAUCAUCGACUACUAUUGAGGGCAGCACACAAUUGCCUACUAGGACUUCUACGUUUGUGUCAGUUAAAAACGGAUAUACAUCAGUGACCACAACUGUUUCACGGCCAAACACUGUUAAAGUCAACACUCAACUGUUCCCUAGGACUUCUACGCGUGCGUCAUCGAGAGAGGCUGCAAAAUCGACAACCCGUAUGUCAGCAACUCCGACUGCUCGCUCUGACGACGCUCUUUCUACACCGAUGCGCUCAACAAUUUUGUCUGUCUUGCCUCGUGAUUCUACAAAGGCGACGAUCACAAAACCUGCAUUCACGUCACAAAUUCACAAAACACAAAUUUCUAGCUCCAGCAAUUCCAGACAAGCAACUGCAACAAGUCGUGAGGCAAUGACGCUAGUGACAACAGACUUGGUUACAAUAGCACACGAAACAAAAUUGAGCUCUCCGAACCAUGCAAUAUACGCAGCAGUUGCUGCUGCAAUCGGAGUUCUUGUUUUAAUUGUGUCUUUAAUCUCCGUGUUUAUCGUCUGGAGGAAAAAAGGAGCAGAAAAGUCGGAUGCUAAAACAGAGCUUACAGCAACUUUCCCAAAUAGGCGACAUAACAAGAGCAACAUUUAUUGCAAUGGAAGUACUUUCUAUAUCACAAAUUGGAGCUUAAUAAGGUGUAUGUAUGAUACCUGUUUUGUUCUAGAAAUAUUGAAAUGGUUACGAUUUGAUAGAAAAAAGAAGGAAGAUCUUCACUCAAUGGAUGCGGAAACAUCAGACGAUCUACAGGUGAAUCCACUCUAUUGUGAAAUUGCAUUGCAGCAACAUCAGAUGACAGAAAAUCUCUCAACGACUGCGUCUCAAAAAGAUUCUAGAGCUGAAAAGAUGAAUAUACUUUAUGAAUCAGCAGAUCGGCUAGAAAGAACUGCGGCACGUGAGUCAGAGAACGUCAUUUACAACACGUGACUGUGACAGAUGGCAUGCUGCAUGGACUAGAUUUAGUAAUAGGAUUUCUACAAUUACCGUAUAGGCAAUGCACAUGCAUGCAGUCAAUGAUAUGGUACCUAUUCUGGUUUUGUGACAAUACCUAUUA